GGGUGCGGGGUGCAGAGGGUGCUGGCGGCGGGGGCGAUGCCGCUGCGGGACGAAGCCCUCCGGGAGGUGUGGGCCUCGGACAGCGGACAGGAGAGCGGGAGCCCCGAGGUGCGGCGGCGCCCCCCGCAGCGACCCGCCCGGGGCCCGAAGCUGAAGGAGAGGCCGGCGGCCCCCGAGCCCCCCGCGCCCCGGAGGCCGGGCGGCGGGCGGGGGGCCGAGCCCGGGGGCCGGCAGGCCGCGCGGAGGCGGAGGCCGCCCCCCCAGCCCGACUUCGCCAAGUUCCUGCGGGACCCCGAGGCCCGGCGCGACCCCCGAGACGCCUUCCUGGUGGCCCGAGCGCGCGGGGCGGGUGAGAGGCGGGGGCGGGGGGAGGUUAGAGGGCAGCACGGUCCUGCGGACCGCCUCACCCGCCCUUCAUUUCCAGGGGCCCCGGGCAGCCCCGUGCCCCCACCGAAGGCCCUGCGGGCGAAGAAGAAGGUGCCGGCGGGCGGAGGGGCCCGGCCGAGGAGGACCAGGAGGAAAGGGGCUGGGGCAGGCGGCACGGACCCCCCGGAGCCCGGGGCGAGCUCGGCGGGGGCGCGGAAGGCCCCGGAGGCCCUGUUCCUGGUGGCGGACGAAGGCCCGGCGGGGACCGCUCUGAGGAAGAGAGGUGCUCCCAAAGUCCCGGAGGAGGAGCGGAAGGAGGAAGAGGGGGAGGAGGGAGACGCGGCGGCUGUGGCAGCCAAGAACAGCAACCAGAAGGGCAAAGCGAAAGGAAAAGGCAAAAAGAAAGCGAAGGAGGAGCGGGCCGCGUCCCCGCCCGUGGAGGUGGGCGAGCCGCGGGAGUUCGUGCUGCGGCCGGCCCCGCAGGGCAGGACCGUGCGCUGCCGGCUGACGCGGGACAAGAGGGGCGUGGACCGCGGCCUGUACCCCUCCUACUUCCUGCACCUGGACGCCGAGAGGAAGGUGUUCCUCUUGGCGGGCAGGAAGCGGAAACGGAGCAAGACGGCCAACUACCUCAUGUCCAGCGACCCCACCAAUCUGUCCCGAGGAGGGGAGAAUUUUGUGGGGAAGCUGAGGUCCAACCUCCUGGGGAACCGCUUCACCGUCUUUGACAACGGGCAGAACCCGCACCGCGGCGGGGGCGACGUGGGGAGCCUCCGGCAGGAGCUGGCGGCUGUGAUUUAUGAAACUAACGUGCUGGGCUUCCGAGGUCCGCGGCGCAUGACAGUCAUCAUUCCGGGCAUGAAUUCGGACAACGAGAGGGUCCCCAUCCGGCCCCGAAACGCCAGCGAUGGGCUGCUGGUGCGCUGGCAGAACAAGACUCUGGAGAGCCUCAUUGAGCUGCACAACAAGCCCCCGAUCUGGAACGAAGCCACAGGCUCCUACACCCUCAACUUCCAAGGCAGAGUCACGCAGGCCUCGGUGAAGAACUUCCAGAUUGUGCACGCCGAUGACCCGGACUACAUCGUGCUGCAGUUCGGCCGCGUGGCGGAGGACGCCUUCACCCUGGACUACCGCUACCCGCUGUGCGCCCUGCAGGCCUUCGCCAUCGCCCUCUCCAGCUUCGACGGGAAGCUGGCCUGCGAGUGACCCAGCGGCCCCCCAAGUCCCAGAGCCGCCGCCGCGGCUGGGAAGGACUGGGGGGGGGGGGGCUUCGGGGUCCCCUCACCAAAGGCCCCGCUGCUCCUUUGCCAGGAGCGGACCCCGGUCUCCAGGUGACCUCCAUCCUCUCCGCCGGCACCGGCCCAGCGGGGGAGGCGCGCAAACGGCGGCCGAGGCAGAUGAGGAACAUCUGGAGCCGGAGCCGCACAUCUGGUCGCAGGGCUAGCCGGACCGCCACACACUAACACACACACACACUCACACUCACACACACACUCACACUCAUUCACACUCACACAGA